AAUCAAUCAGUCGUUCAUGUGUUGUGGUUGAGGGUGGGUUAAAUUAGUGGCUAACAAAAUUAAUAAAAUAAAAUAAUAAAACUUCUUAUUCACGCAUUUAAAAGUUCGUUUCGACAACUUCUUUAAUUUUAUAACACCUCUUUUAUGAAGAGUUCUUUGAUUAAGUGUCGGUACAGAAACCUUAAUUAAUGUGAAAAUGCAUCAAUGAAAGCAAUAAGCAUUUGCUCUCACCGAUUAUUUUGCAUCUGCCGAAUAAAUCAUUAUUAGCGUGUAGUUACGGAGAUUUGACCUGUUUGUCAAAAAUGAGUCUGUUCAAGACUGUGGUAGCAGCGACCAUCAACAGCGGGAAAGUUAGCCGUGGAAAUCUGCGCCUGCGACCUUUGCUGUCAUGCGCGCCGCUCGCGCUGGCGUGGGACCGCUCUGCGCACACGCAAGACAUCACCAAGAACAUCCAGUACAUAACUAACGAGAAGGUCAAGCUCACCACGGAUCCGAAGACUAUGAAGUUAGACAAACAGCUAAACCGACCCACAUGUGUGAUGAUCAACUGGUUGCUAGCACGGCAGAAGCACGUGAUGAAAUACGCGAAUCUCUACUUGGAGCAAGGCUUCGAUGUUAUUUCCGUAUCCUGUACCCCUUGGCAGCUGAUGUGGCCGUUGAAAGGCUCUCAGUUAGUGGCGGCAGACCUGAUCAAGUUCAUGGCAGCGAAUGAGAACGACCAGCCAACGGUUCUGCACGGUUUCUCCGUGGGCGGUUACAUCUGGGGCGAGGUUUGCGCUCAAGUUAUGGACAACAAACAAUUAUACCAAUCUGUUAUUGACCGAGUGGCGGCCCAGGUGUGGGACUCCGCUGCUGACAUCACCGAGAUCACCAUAGGAGUGCCGGCUGCCGUUUUCCCAAAGAACAAAAUCAUGCAGAAAACCCUCAAGGCUUAUAUGGAGUACCACCUGAAGACCUUCCACGACGCAGCAACGGUGCACUACAUAAGGUCGUCGCAGCUGUUCCACACGAACGCGUGCCGGGCGCCCGCGCUGUUUCUUCUGUCGAGCAGUGACCCCGUCGGGGCGGAGGGUAGCAACCGCAAUGUCUACGAUUCCUGGGUCAAGAUGGGUAUGAAGUGUACCUGGCAUUGCUGGGACCGGUCGCCGCACGUGCAACACUUCACGAAACACCGAGACGAAUACGUGGCACUCGUGCGCGCGCACCUACGCGAGCACGUAGCAAGCGCGCACCAGGAGAAGUCGCGGGCGCACGCUUAGCGUCCCACUAUCACAACAUUUUGUAUAAGAUACUAGGAUUAAUGAAUUUAGUUAGCGGAAACGUUUUACAGAACCUCAGAUAGCACUCACGUUUUCAGCUUCCCACUUCUGAAACUAUUUUCUUUUUUACCUAAGUCGUGUGACGUAGCUGAAUCGAGCGAAUCAAAUUGCAGAGUAAAAUCUAGUUAUAUCCAGUC